ACGAGUAUUUCAGGCAGCCCGUGGUGGACACGUUUGACAUCCGGAUCCUGAUGGCCAAAUCCGUCAAGUACACCGUCAACUUCUUGGAAGCCAAGGAGGGCGACUUGCACAGGAUAGAAAUCCCCUUCAAGUUCCACAUGCUGCACUCGGGGCUGGUGCACGGCCUGGCCUUCUGGUUCGACGUGGCCUUCAUCGGCUCCAUAAUGACAGUGUGGCUCUCGACGGCCCCCACGGAGCCGCUGACCCACUGGUACCAAGUGCGGUGCCUCUUCCAGUCCCCGCUCUUCGCCAAGGCCGGGGACACCCUCUCAGGGACCUGCCUGCUCAUCGCCAACAAGAG